CAUGUCCAGAAUGAAGGGAAUUAUGGCCAGGCACUGGACAAGUUUGGUAGCAACUUCAUCAGCAGGGACAACCCCGAUCUGGGAACCGCCUUUGUCAAGUUCUCCAGCCUCGUCAAGGAGCUGUCCGCACUUCUGAAGAACCUGGUGAGAUUUUUUUAAAGGGAUUGUAUUAAACAGAUAGUGCGAGAGGAUGACAGUGAGAAAUAUCAAUAUUUAUUAUAAAGGCCUUCCAUUCCAGUCUUUAUUAGUUGAAUCAGGUGUGUUAGCUACUGCUUUGACUGGAGUAAAAAAUCCUACACUAACACACACACACUAUUUCUUUGCAGUAUCUUAUCCUGUGGAUAAGAUAAGACAUUCUUGACUUAAUGAAUCACCUUGUGUAAUUCAUUAUGCAAAAAAGCAUCAGCUACUCUUCCUGGGGUCGGCAAAAAAGCACAAAACAUGACAAGUAACAAAACACUGAUAGACAAGGACAGUUACAUUAGUUGUUGUUUAAUCUGUUUUUAAAGGUAAUUUUGCUGUUUGAAUGAGUAAUUGGAAAUGGAAGGGAGUUCCAUGCAAUCAUGGCUCUGUAUAAAACUGUGCGUUGCCGUGAAUUCGUUUUGGACUUGGGGACUGUGAAAAGACCCCUGGUGGCAUGUAUUGUGGGGUGUGUAUGGGUGUCUGAGCUGAAUGUUAUUUGAUUAUGCAGACAAUCUGGAAUUUUUGUUUCAUAAAAGCUAGAAGAGAAGUAGUUCAUCUCUCGUCAACCCUCAAACAGGAAAGACUGGUAUGCAUGUUGUUGAUGUUAUUUCUGUAUUUGCAGUUAAUGGCAAGGCAUGCAGCUCUGUUUUGAGCCAGCUGUAGCUUUACUAGGUCUUUUUGUGCUGCACUUGACCAUAUUACCGGACAGUAAUCAAGAUGGGACAAGACCAGAGCCUGAACGACUAGUACAGUUGAUUUUUUUGUGUGUCAAAAAUGUUUUUAUUACAGACACCCCUCCCCAACUUCACAACAACUUUGUCAAUAUGACUUGACCUUGAUAAUUGACCAUCCAAUGUUAUACUGUACCUAUGAGUUGUGGAGUGGUUGAACUUGCUCAAUGGUCACACCCUUUAUGCACAACUCCAGUUGAGGUUUAGGUCUUAGAGAAUGUUUUGAACCAAGUACAAUGCUUUUCGUUUUAGAUGUUUUUAAGACCAGUUUAUUAUUAAUCACCCAUUCUGAUACUCUGUAACUCCUUAUUUAACAUUUUAGUGAGCUCUCCGGCUUUGGGCGCUGACAUGUAGAGUGUGGAGUCAUCUGCAUACAUAGUCAUUCUAGUUUCGUGUAAGACCAGUGGCAAAUCAAUGGUAAAAAUAGAGAUGAGGAACGUCUCAAGAUAACUGCCCUGAGGGACAUCGCACUGUACAUAUCUGAGAAGCUUCCAUUGAAUAACACUCUCUGUAUUCUAUUGGAUAAAUAACUCUCCAACCAUGUCAUGGCAGGUAAUGUAAAGCCAUAGCAAGUGAGUUUUUUCAAUAACAAUUUAUGAUCAGUAACAUCAAAGGCUGCACUGAAAUCUAACAAUACAGCUCCAACUAUCAUCUUAUUAUCAAUUUCUUUUAACCAAUCAUCAGUCAUCUAAGUCAGUGUAGUACAAGUUGAGUGCCCUGAAAUUCAGUGGUUAGCUUGUUCUCUGAAAAAUAGCAUUGUAUUUGGUCAAACACGAUCCUCUCUAUCAGUUUACUAAGAACAGGCAGCAGACUGAUUGUGCAGCUGUUAGAGCCAGCAAUUGGUGCUUUACUAUUUUAAGGCAGUGGAAUUACUUUAGCUUCCUUCCACUCCUGUGGACACACUCCUUUAGGCUUUGGUUAAAGAAAUAGCAAAUAGGGGUGGCAAUACAGUCUGUUACCAUUCUCAAUAGUUUCCCAUCAAUUGGUAUUAGGUCUGUCCCCGAAAGUCGUCUGUUCUUUCGACCAAUUGAUUGGUUGACAUUUUUUUACGUGUAUUUUUCCAUAUAUAGACCCACCCUAUGUUUUUUAAUAAAAUAAAAUGAUAUGCACUGAGCUUGUCUAAUGCUUUAAGCACACAGUUUGAUGAAAUAAGACACAAAUGACUCUAGGGAGCCUGAGAUCAAGAUAACCAGAAGACCCGACCAUACUCCUCCCGCCGCUACGCUCUUGAAGUUGCCGGUAAUAGGCUACAUCAGGGGUCGGCAACCUUUUUCAUGUGAAAUGCCAAUUUAUCUUACCAUUUCUACCGGUCUGCGUGUCAGUUAUGGUUUUCAUAUGCACAUUUUCGUGGAACAUCUUAAUUUAAUUUCUAAUAACGUAUCUCAAAAUCAUUGUCAUGUGGUUAAUCAAAAUUCAAUCUAAAUCUAAAUGUAAAAUCUUUUGCCAUUGCCAACUAUGUAAAAAUAGCCUACAUAAAGCCAACAAAUUAGAACAUUGCAGCCUGCAGGUAGAAAAUAUCCUGAUGAAAAUAAACAUCAUAUAAAUCACAUUGGCUACGCAUGGCCUGUCUGCUACAAACUUGCAACAUUGCAUAAAAUAUUCUGGGCCCUCAGAGUUUCCCGCACCAGUGAGCUCCGGAUAGACACAACUGUAGGCUAUUUGCCCAAGGGAUGAGAAGUAAAUCAGGUAGGCCUAUUUUAUGAUGUUUCCACUGGAUCAGGGCAUGACAUUUUCCUCGAAAGGGAGAGAGGUGGAAAGAGUUUUCAAAUACAUUGAGGAUCUAUUUUCAUUCUCAAUGGAUGUAAAAACAGACUUUGUUUACUUGCUGUUUGAGGUGAAUAAAAAUUACUUUGAGAUGUUCCACAGCUCAUUAGUGGUGGUGAGUUAAGACAAUCAGAAAUACUAUCAGAUCUCCAAAUGGGCACAUUUAUAGGCCUACAUUUGUGUGCAGGCCAGGCAGCCUUGGCCUACUUCUAUGCAUAAUCAGGUGACAGGAGGGCUCCAACCAAAAGACAAUGAUAAAUUGACAAUGGAAUGAAAUAAACCAAAACUUGUUUCUCACAAGUGUAGCAUAGGUUGUGCAUUCUGCAAAUAACGUGUCCACUCCGACAAUGAAAAUGGUAAAAGACUGCAAUAAUAAUAUAUUGAAUGCAUUAACAGAAAUGACCGUAACCAAACAAACAUUGUAGAUUAGAAAUUAUGGGAAUUAACGUCAAACGUAGUACUGGUGAUAUACACUGAGUGUACAAAACAUUAAGAACACCUUCACACCUUCCCCUCCUUUUGUCCCUCAGAACAGCCUCAAUUUGUUAGGGUGUGGACUCUACAAGGUGUCGAAAGCGUUACACAGGGAUGCUGGCCCAUGUUGACUCCAAUGCUUCCCACGGUUGUGUCAAGUUGGCUGGUGGAGCAUUCUUGAUACACACGGGAAACUGUUGAGCGUGAAAACCUACUACCUUAACCCCGUUCAAAGGCAGUUAAAUAUUUUGUCUUGCCCAUUCACCCUCUGAAUGGCACACAUACACAAUCCAUGUCUCUAUUGUCUCGAGGCUUAAAAAUCCUUCUUUAACCUGUCGCCUCCCCUUCAUCUACACCGCAUGUGUCAAACUCAUUCCACGGCGGGCCGAGUGUCUGCAGGUUUUCACUCCACCCUUGUACUUGAUUGAUGAAUUAAGGUCACUAAUUAGUAAGGAACUCCCCUCACCUGGUUGUCUAGGUCUUAAUUGAAAGGAAAAACCAAAAACUUGCAGACACUCGGCCCUCCAUGGAAUUGAGUUUGACACCCCUGAUCUACACUUAUUGAAGUGGAUUUAACAAGUGACAUCAAUAAGGGAUCAUAGGAAUAAGAUCAUCCACAUGUAUUGAUCACAUUUUUACUAAUACUGUAGAACUUUGUUCUAAAGCUGUAUCCGUACCCUUUGGAUGCAGUGAUCACAGUAUAGUGGCUAUAUACAGGAAAGCCAAAGUUCCAAAAGCUGGGCCUGAAAUUGUGUAUAAGAGAUCAUACAAAGGAUUUUGCUGUGACUCUUAUGUGGAUGAUGUAAAACAUAUUGCUUCUUCCAAUUAUUGAUCAACAUGCACCUGUUAAGAAACUGACUGUUAGAACUGUUAAGGCUCCAUGGAUUGAUGAGGAAUUGAAAAACUGUAUGGUUGAAAGAGAUGGGGCAAAAGGAGUGGCUAAUAAGUCUGGCUGCACAUCUGACUGGCUGACUUACUGCAAAUUAAGAAAUGAUGUGACUAAACUCAACAAAAAGAAGAAGAAACUGUAUUAUGAAGUCAAGAUCAAUGAUAUAAAGAAUAAUGGAAAAAAAACAUUGGAGUACUUUUAUAGAAAUUAUGGACAGAAAGACAUUCAACUCCAUCUUUCAUUGAAUCAGUUGGCUUAUUCAUCACAAACGAUUUGAUGUUGCCAAUUAUUAUCAUUGGCAAAGUUGGCAAACGUUGGCAGGAACAGUGAGCCAUCAUACUCAUGUAUAAUAAAAAAAAAAUUCAUAAUGAAAGAAAAGCAUUGCAAGUUUGAAUUUUGUAAAGUUAGUGUGGGAGAGGUGGAAAAAUAAUUGUUAUCGAUCGUUAAUGACAAACCUCCUGGCAUUGACAACUUACUGUUUCUAACAGCAGACCUAUCAGCUUGCUGCCAGCUCUUAGCAAACUGUUGGAAGAAAUUGUGUUUGACCAAAUACAAUGCUACUUCUCUGUAAACAAAUUAACUACAGACUUUCAGCAUGCUUAUAGAGAAGGGCAUUCAACAUGUACUGCACUGACACAAAUUACUGUUGAUUGGUUGAAAGAUAUUGAUAAAUCAAAUUGUAUUUGUCACAUGCGCCGAAUACAACAGGUGUAGACCUUACCGUGAAAUGCUUACUUACAAGCCCUUAGCUAACAAUGCAGUUUUAAGGAAAAUAAGAGUUAAAUGAAAAUAUUUACUAAAUAAACUAAAAUUAAAAAAGGUAACACAAUAAAAUAGUAAAUAAUGGCUAUUUCUCAGAAAGUUUUAAACUGUCAAGAGAAGUAAAACAAGGUUGCCCACUAUCGGCAUAUCUAUUUAUUAUGGUCAUCGAAAUGUUAGCUAUUAACAUCAGAUCAAACAAUAAUAUCAAGGGAUUAGAAAUCCAGGGCUUAAAAACAAAGGUGUCAUUGUACGCUGAUGAUUCAUGUUUUCUUUUAAAUCCACAGCCUCAUGGAGGAUCUAGAUAAAUUUUCUAACCUCUCUGGAUUAACACCAAAUUAUGAUAAAUGUACUAUAUUACGCAUUGGAUCACUAAAAAAUACAACGUUUACAUUACCAUGUAGUUUACCAAUAAAAUGGUCUGAUGGUGAUGUGGAUAUAUUCGGAAUACAUAUCCCAAAUGAAAUAAAUGAUCUCACUCCAAUGAAUUUUUAUUGAAAGUUAGCAAAAAUAGAUAAGAUCUUGCUACCAUAGAAAGGUAAAUACCUGUCUAUUUGUGGAAAAAUCACACAGAUUAACUCUUUAGUAUUAUCCCAGUUUACCUAUUUGCUUAUGGUCUUGCCUACGCCUAGCGAACAGUUUUUUAAAUGAAAUGAGAAAAGAAUAUUCAAUUUUAUUUGGAACGGCAAGCCAGACAAAAUUAAACGGGCCUAUUUAUAUAAUGAAUAUGAAUUCGGAGUACAUAAAUUAUUAAAUAUUAAAGCAUUAGACCUACAGUUGAAGUCAGAUGUUUGACCUUAGCCAAAUACAUUUAAACUCAGUUUUUCACAAUUCCUGACAUUUAAUCCUAGUAAAAAUUCCCUGUCUUAGGUCAGUUAGGAUCCCACUUUAUUUUAAGAAUGUGAAAUGUCAGAAUAAUAGUUGAGAGAAUGAUUUAUUUCAGCUUUUAUUUAUUUCAUCACAUUCCCAGGGGGUCAGACAUUUACAUACACUCAAUUAGUAGUUGGUAGCAUUGCCUUUAAAUUGUUUAAUUCGGUCAAACGUUUCGGGUAGCCUUCCACAAGCUUCCCACAAUAGUCAGAAGUUUACAUACACUUAGGUUGGAGUCAUUAAAACUAGUUUUUCAACCCCUCCUCAAAUUUCUUGUUAACAAACUAUAGUUUUGGCAGGUCGGUUAGGACAUCUACUUUGUGCAUGACACAAGUAAUUUUUCCACAAUUGUUUACAGACAGAUAAUUUCACUUAUAAUUCACUGUAUCACAAUUCCAGUGGGUCAGAUGUUUACAGUGGGGAAAAAAAGUAUUUAGUCAGCCACCAAUUGUGCAAGUUCUCCCACUUAAAAAGAUGAGAGAGGCCUGUAAUUUUCAUCAUAGGUACACGUCAACUAUGACAGACAAAAUGAGAAAAAAAAUCCAGAAAAUCACAUUGUAGGAUUUUUAAUGAAUUUAUUUGCAAAUUAUGGUGGAAACUAAGUAUUUGGUCACCUACAAACAAGCAAGAUUUCUGUCUCUCACAGACCUGUAACUUCUUAUUUAAGAGGCUCCUCUGUCCUCCAAUCGUUAACUGUAUUAAUGGCACCUGUUUGAACUUGUUAUCAGUAUAAAAGACACCUGUCCACAACAUCAAACAGUCACACUCCAAACUCCACUAUGGCCAAGACCAAAGAGCUGUCAAAGGACACCAGAAACAAAAUUGUAGACCUGCACCAGGCUGGGAAGACUGAAUCUGCAAUAGUUAAGCAGCUUGGUUUGAAUAAAUCAACUGUGGGAGCAAUUAUUAGGAAAUGGAAGACAUACAAGACCACUGAUAAUCUCCCUCGAUCUGGGGCUCCACGCAAGAUCUCACCCCGUGGGGUCAAAAUGAUCACAAGAACGGUGAGCAAAAAUCCCAAAACCACACGGGGGGACCUAGUGAAUGACCUGCAGAGAGCUGGGACCAAAGUAACAAAGCCUACCAUCAGUAACACACUACGCCGCCAGGGACUCAAAUCCUGCAGUGCCAGACGUGUCCCCCUGCUUAAGCCAGUACAUGUCCAGGCCCGUCUGAAGUUUGCUAGAGUGCACUUGGAUGAUCCAGAAGAGGAUUGGGAGAAUGUCAUAUGGUCAGAUGAAACCAAAAUAGAACUUUUUGGUAAAAACUCAACUCGUCGUGUUUGGAGGACAAAGAAUGCUGAGUUGCAUCCAAACAACACCAUACCUACUGUGAAGCAUGGGGGUGGAAACAUCAUGCUUUGGGGCUGUUUUUCUGCAAAGGGACCAGGACGACUGAUCCGUGUAAAGGAAAGAAUGAAUGGGGCCAUGUAUCGUGAGAUUUUGAGUGAAAACUUCCUUCCAUCAGCAAGGGCAUUGAAGAUGAAACGUGGCUGGGUCUUUCAGCAUGACAAUGAUCCCAAACACACCGCCCGUGCAACGAAGGAGUGGCUUCGUAAAAAGCAUUUCAAGGUCCUGGAGUGGCCUAGCCAGUCUCCAGAUCUCAACCCCAUAGAAAAUCUUUGGAGGGAGUAGAAAGUCUGUGUUGCCCAGCGACAGCCCCAAAACAUCACUGCUCUAGAGGAGAUCUGCAUGGAGGAAUGGGCCAAAAUACCAGCAACAGUGUGUGAAAACCUUGUGAAGACUUACAGAAAACGUUUGACCUGUGUCAUUGCCAACAAAGGGUAUAUAACACAGUAUUGAGAAACUUUUGUUACUGACCAAAUACUUAUUUUCCACCAUAAUUUGCAAAUAAAUUCAUUUAAAAUCCUACAAUGUGAUUUUCUGGAUUGUUUUUUCUCAUUUUGUCUGUCAUAGUUGACGUGUACCUAUGAUGAAAAUUACAGGCCUCUCUCAUCUUUUUAAGUGGGAGAACUUGCACAAUUGGUGGCUGACUAAAUACUUUUUUUCCCCACUGUACCAUACUCUAAGUUGACUGUGCCUUUAAAUAUUUCGGAAAAUUCUAGAAAAUAAUGUAAUGUCUUUAGAAGCUUCUGAUAGGCUAAUUGACAUCAUUUGAGUCAAUUUGAGGUGUACCUGUGGAUAUAUUUCAAGGCCUACCUUCAAAGUCAGUGCCUCUUUGCUUGACAUCAUGGGAACAUCAAAAUAAAUCAGCCGUCAUAACGCUCAGGAAGCAGACGCGUUCUGUCUCCUAGAGAUGAACGUACUUUGGUGCGAAAGUGCAAAUCAAUCCCAGAACAACAGCAAAGGACCUUGUGAAUAAAAGCUGAAAUAAAUCAUUCUCUCUACUAUUAUUCUGACAUUUCACAUUCUUAAAAUAAAGUGGUGAUCCUAACUGACCUAAGACAGGGAAUUUUUACUAGGAUUAAAUCUCAGGAAUUGUGAAAAACUGAGUUUAAAUGUAUUUGGCUAAGGUGUAUGUGAACUUCCGACUUCAAAUGUAGGUUAUACACCAAGUACUACAGUGAGGGAAAAAAGUAUUUGAUUCCCUGCUUAUUUUGUACAUUUGCCCACUGAAAAAGAAAUGAUCAGUUUAUAAUUUUAAUGGUAGGUUUAUUUGAACAGUGAGAGACAGAAUAACAACAAAAAAAUCCAGAAAAGGCAUGUAAAAAAUGUUAUAAAUUGAUUUGCAAUUUCUCAAUCAGAAAGAUUUCUGGCUCCCAGGUGUCUUUUAUACAGGUAACGAGCUGAGAUUAGGAGCACACUCUUAAAGGGAGUGCUCCUAAUCUCAGUUUGUUACCUGUAUAAAAGACACAUGUCCGCAAAAGCAAUCAAUCAAUCAGAUUCCAAACUCUCCACCAUGGCCAAGACCAAAGAGCUCUCCAAGGAUGUCAGGUACAAGAUUGUAGACCUACACAAGGCCGGAAUGGGCUACAAGACCAUCACCAAGCAGCUUGGUGAAAGGUGACAACAGUUGGUGCGAUUAUUCGCAAAUGGAAGAAACACAAAAGAACUGUCAAUCUCCCUCGGCCUGCGGCUCCAUGCAAGAUCUCACCUCGUGGAGUUGUAAUGAUCAUGAGAACGGUGAGGAAUCAGCCCAGAACUACAUUUACAUUUACAUUUACGUCAUUUAGCAGACGCUCUUAUCCAGAGCGACUUACAAAUUGGUGCAUUCACCUUAUAGCCAGUGGGAUAACCACUUUACAAUAUGUAUAUUUUUUUGGGGGGUGGGGAUUGUGGGGUUGAAGGAUUACCUUAUCCUAUCCCAGGUAUUCCUUAAAUAGGUGCGGUUUCAAGUUUCUCCGGAAGUUGGUGAGUGACUCCGCUAUCCUGGCGUCUUGAGGGAGCUUGUUCCACCAACAGCGAACAGUUUUAACUGGGCUGAGCGGGAACUGUGCUUCCGCAGAGGUAGGGGGGCCAGCAGGCCAGAGGUGGACGAACGCAAUGCCCUCGUUUGGGUGUAGGGACUGAUCAGAGCCUGAAGGUACGGAGGUGCCGUUCCCCUCACAGCUCCGUAGGCAAGCACCAUGGUCUUGUAGCAGAUGCGAGCUUCAACUGGAAGCCAGUGGAGUGUGCGGAGGAGCGGGGUGACGUGAGAGAACUUGGGAAGGUUGAACACCAGACGGGCUGCGGCAUUCUGGAUGAGUUGUAGGGGUUUCAUGGCACAGGCAGGGAGCCCAGCCAACAGCGAGUUGCAGUAAUCCAGACGGGAGAUGACAAGUGCCUGGAUUAGGACCUGUGCCGCUUCCUGUGUAAGGCAGGGUCGUACUCUCCGAAUGUUGUAGAGCAUGAACCUACAGGAUCGGUUCACCGCCUUGAUGUUAGCGGAGAACGAGUUUUCCAGGGUCACGCCAAGGCUCUUCGCACUCUGGGAGGAGGACACAACGGAGUUGUCAACCGUGAUGGCGAGAUCAUGGAACGGGCAGUCCUUCCCCGGGAGGAAGAGCAGCUCCGUCUUGCCAAGGUUCAGCUUGAGGUGGUGAUCCGUCAUCCACACUGAUAUGUCUGCCAGACAUGCAGAGAUGCGAUUUGCCACCUGGUUAUCAGAAGGGGGAAAGGAGAAGAUUAGUUGUGUGUCGUCUGCGUAGCAAUGAUAGGAGAGGCCAUGUGAGGAUAUGACAGAGCCAAGUGACUUGGUGUAUAGCGAGAAUAGGAGAGGGCCUAGAACUGAGCCCUGGGGGACACCAGUGGUGAGAGCACGUGGUGCGGAGACAGAUUCUCGCCACACCACUUGGUAGGAGCGACCGGUCAGGUAGGACGCAAUCCAAGAGUGAGCCGCGCCGGAGAUGCUCAGCUCGGAGAGGGUGGAGAGGAGGAUCUGAUGGUUCACAGUAUCAAAGGCAGCAGACAGGUCUAGAAGGACAAGAGCAGAGGAGAGAGAGUUAGCUUUAGCAAUGCGGAGAGCCUCCGUGACACAGAGAAGAGCAGUCUCAGUUGAAUGACCAGUCUUGAAACCUGACUGGUUUGGAUCAAGAAGGUCAUUCUGAGAGAGAUAGUAAGAGAGUUGGCUAAAGACGGCACGCUCAAGAGUUUUGGAGAGAAAAGAAAGAAGGGAUACUGGUCUGUAGUUGUUGACAUCAGAGGGAUCGAGUGUUGGUUUUUUGAGAAGGGGUGCAACUCUCGCUCUCUUGAAGACAAAAGGGACAUAACUACACAGGAGGAUCUUGUCAAUGAUCUCAAGGCAGCUGGGACCAUAGUCCCGAGUGGCGCAGUGGUCUAAGGCACUGCAUCGCAGUGCUAGCUGUGCCACUAGAGAUCCUGGUUCGUAUCCAGGCUCUGUCGUGGCUGGCCGCGACCAGGAGACCCAUGGGGCGGCGCACAAUUGGCCCAGCGUCGUCCAGGAUAGGGGAGGGAAUGGCCGGCAGGGAUGUAGCUCAGUUGGUAGAGCAUGGCGUUUGCAACGCCAGGGUUGUGGGUUCGUUUCCCACGGGGUGCCAGUAUAAAAAAUAAUGUAUGCACUCACUAACUGUAAGUCGCUCUGGAUAAGAGCGUCUGCUAAAUGACUAAAAUGUAAUAGUCAAAAAGAAAACAAUUGGUAACACACUACGCCGUGAAGGACUGAAAUCCUGCUGCGCCCGCAAGGUCCCCCUGCUCAAGAAAGCACAUAUACAGGCCCGUCUGAAGUUUGCAAAUGAACAUCUGAAUGAUUCAGAGGAGAACUGGGUGAAAGUGUUGUGGUCAGAUGAGACCAAAAUCGAGCUCUUUGGCAUCAACUCAACUCGCUGUGUUUGGAGGAGGAGGAAUGCUGCCUAUGACCCCAAGAACACCAUCCCCGCCGUCAAACAUGGAGGUGGAAACAUUAUGCUUUGGGGGUGUUUUUUCUGCUAAGGGGACAAGACAACUUCACCGCAUCAAAGGGACGAUGGACGGGGCCAUGUACUGUCAAAUAUUGGGUGAGAACCUCCUUCCCUCAGCCAGGACAUUGCAAAUGGGUCGUGAAUGGGUAUUCCAGCAUGACAAUGACCCAAAACACACGGCCAAGGCAACAAAGGAGUGGCUCAAGAAGAAGCACAUUAAGGUCCUGGAGUGGCCUAGCCAGUCUCCAGACCUUAAUCCCAUAGAACAUCUGUGGAGGGAGCUGAAGGUUUGAGUUGCCAAAUGUCAGGCUCGAAACCUUAAUGACUUGGAGAAGAUCUGCAAAGAGGAGUGAGACAAAAUCCCUUCUGAGAUGUGUGCAAACCUGGUGGCCAACUGCAAGAAACGUCUGACCUCUGUGAUUGCCAACAAGGGUUUUGCCACCAAGUACUACAGUGAGGGAAAAAAAUAUUUGAUCCCCUGCUGAUUUUGUACGUUUGCCCACUGACAAAGAAUUGAUCAGUCUAUAAUUUUAAUGGUAGGUUUAUUUGAACAGUGAGAGACAGAAUAACAACAACAAAAAAACAGAAAAACGCAUGUUAAAAAUGUUAGAAAUUUAUUUGCAUUUUAAUGAGGGAAAUAAGUAUUUGACCCCUCUGCAAAACAUGACUUAGUACUUGGUGGCAAAACCCUUGUUGGCAAUCACAGAGGUCAGACGUUUCUUGUAGUUGGCCACCAGGUUUGCACACAUCUCAGGAGGGAUUUUGUCCCACUCCUCUUUGCAGAUCUUCUCCAAGUCAUUAAGGUUUCCAUGAAAUGUAUAUAGUAUAUAUAAGCUGGAAGUAGAGGCCUAAGCGUUGUUGUUCACUAGUUUACUCCAAUUAGUGAAGGGGUGGUGGGGUUGGAAAGUAAUAAAGGGAAAUAUAUAUUUUUAAAGGAUAUGUGUAUAUACAGUGGGGAGAACAAGUAUUUGAUACACUGCCGAUUUUGCAGGUUUUCGUACUUACAAAGCAUGUAGAGGUCUGUAAUUUUUAUCAUAGGUACACUUCAACUGUGAGAGACGCAAUCUAAAACAAAAAUCCAGAAAAUCACAUUGUAUGAUUUUUAAAUAAUUAAUUUGCAUUUUAUUGCAUGACAUAAGUAUUUGAUACAUCAGAAACGCAGAACUUAAUAUUUGGUACAGAAACCUUUGUUUGCAAUUACAGAGAUCAUACGUUUCCUGUAGGUCUUGACCAGGUUUGCACACACUGCAGCAGGGAUUUUGGCCCACUCCUCCAUACAGACCUUCUCCAGAUCCUUCAGGUUUCGGGGCUGUCGCUGGGCAAUCCGGACUUUCAGCUCCCUCCAAAGAUUUUCUAUUGGGUUCAGGUCCGGAGACUGGCUAGGCCACUCCAGGACCUUGAGAUGCUUCUUACGGAGCCACUCCUUAGUUGCCCUGGCUGUGUGUUUCGGGUUGUUGUCAUGCUGGAAGACCCAGCCACGACCCAUCUUCAAUGCUCUUACUGAGGGAAGGAGGUUGUUGGCCAAGAUCUCGCGAUACAUGGCCCCAUCCAUCCUCCCUUGAAUACGGUGCAGUCGUCUUGUCCCCUUUGCAGAAAAGCAUCCCCAAAGAAUGAUGUUUCCACCUCCAUGCUUCACGGUUGGGAUGGUGUUCUUGGGGUUGUACUCAUCCUUCUUCUUCCUCUAAACACGGCGAGUGGAGUUUAGACCAAAAAGCUCAAUUUUUGUCUCAUCAGACCACAUGACCUUCUCCCAUUCCUCCUCUGGAUCAUCCAGAUGGUCAUUGGCAAUCUUCAGACGGGCCUGGACAUGCGCUGGCUUGAGCAGGGGGACCUUGAGUGCGCUGCAGGAUUUUAAUCCAUGAUGGCGUAGUGUGUUACUAAUGGUUUUCUUUGAGACUGUGGUCCCAGCUCUCUUCAGGUCAUUGACCAGGUCCUGCCGUGUAGUUCUGGGCUGAUCCCUCACCUUCCUCAUGAUCAUUGAUGCCCCACGAUGUGAGAUAUUGCAUGGAGCCCCAGACCGAGGGUGAUUGACCGUCAUCUUGAACUUCUUCCAUUUUCUAAUAAUUGCGCCAACAGUUGUUGCCUUCUCACCAAGCUGCUUGCCUAUUGUCCUGUUGCCCAUCCCAGUCUUGCAGGUCUACAAUUUUAUCCCUGAUGUCCUUACACAGCUCUCUGGUCUUGGCCAUUGUGGAGAGGUUGGAGUCUGAUUGAUUGAGUGUGUGGACAGGUGUCUUUUAUACAGGUAACAAGUUCAAACAGGUGCAGUUAAUGCAGGUAAUGAGUGGAGAACAGGAGGGCUUCUUAAAGAAAAACUAACAGGUUUUUGAGAGCCGGAAUUCUUACUGGUUGGUAGGUGAUCAAAUACUUAUGUCAUGCAAUAAAAUGCAAAUUAAUUACUUAAAAAUCAUACAAUGUGAUUUUCUGGAUUUUUGUUUAAGAUUCCAUCUCUCACAGUUGAAGUGUACCUAUGAUAAAAAUUACAGACCUCUACAUGGUUUGUAAGUAGGAAAACAUUGUGUAUCAAAUACUUGUUCUCCCCACUGUAUAUGCAUUUGCAUUUAUAUGCAUGUAUGUGUACAUGUAUGUAUGUAUGUAUGUAUGUAUGUAUGUAUGUAUGUAUGUAUGUAUGUAUGUAUGUAUAUAUAAAAAAAUAUAUAUAUAUAUAUAUAUAUAUUUGCGAGAAAGAAAAAACAUGGUGGAUUGGAAGUGAUGCAGACAAUUACAUUGAUGGAAGUUACAAUCUAUCUGCAAUAUUAAAGCUGAUCUAACCCCCCCCCCCCCCCCCCCCAAAAAAAGAAAGAAAUACAAAUAAAUAAAAAGAACUACUAAAAAACACAAUAAAACUAUAACGAGGCUAUAUAAAGGGGUGUACCAGUACCGAGUCAAUGUGCUGGGGUAUAAGGUUAGUCGAGGCAAUAUGUACAUGUAGGUAGGGGUAAAGUGACUAAGCAUAGAUAAUAAACAGCCAGUAGCAGCAGCAUAAAAAAGAGUGGGAUCAAUGCAAAUAGUCCGGGUUGCCAUUUGAUUAACUGUUCAGCAGUCUUAUGGCUUGGGGGUAGAAGCUGUUAAGGAGCCUUUUGGACCUAGACUUGGCCCUCCGGUACCGCUUGCCGUUUGGUAGCAGAGAGAACAGUCAAUGACUAGGGUGGCUGGAGUCUUUGACAAUUUUUAGGGCCUUCCUCUGACACCGCCUGGUAUAGAGGUCCUGGAUGGCAGGAAGCUUGGCCCCAGUGUUGUACUGGGCCUUACGCACUACCCUCUGUAGUGCCUUGCGGUCGGAUAAGAAGAUUGUGGGAGCUGUAAUGUUAGAUUUCAGUGCAGCCUUUGAUAUUAUUGACCAUAACCUAUUGUUGAGAGAACGUAUUUUUUAUGGCUUUUCAACCUCUGCCAUAUCGUGGAUUCAGAGCUACAGUGGCUUGCGAAAAUAUUCACCCCCCUUGGCAUUUUUCCUAUUUUGUUGCCUUACAACCUGGAUUUUUUGUGGAACAAACAAGAAAUAAGACAAAAAAAAACAGAAAACUUAAGCGUGCAUAACUACUCACCCCCCCAAAGUCAAUCCUUUGUAGAGCCACCUUUUGCAGCAAUUACAGCUGCAAGUCUCUUGGUGUAUGUCUCUAUAAGCUUGGCACAUCUAGCCACUGGGAUUGUUGCCCGUUCUUCAAGGCAAAACUGCUCCAGCUCCUUCAAGUUGGAUGGGUUCCGCUGGUGUACAGCAAUCUUUUAAGUCAUACCACAGAUUCUCAAUUGGAUUGAGGUCCUGGCUUUGACUAGGCCAUUCCAAGACAUUUCAAUGUUUCCCCUUAAACCACUUGAGUGUUGCUUUAGCAGUAUGCUUAGGGUCAUUGUCCUGCUGGAAGGUGAACCUCCGUCCCAGUCUCAAAUCUCUGGAAGACUGAAACAGGUAUCCCUCAAGAAUGUCCCUGUAUUUAGCACCAUCCAUCAUUCCUUCAAUUCUGACCAGUUUCCCAGUCGCUGCUGAUGAAAAACAUCCCCACAGCAUGGAUGCUGCCACCACCAUGCUUCACUGUGGGGAUGGUGUUCUCGGGGUGAUGAGCAGUGUUGGGUUUGCGCCAGAAAUUGAGAUGGCCAAAAAGCUCAAUUUUAGUCUCAUCUGACCAGAGUACCUUCUUUCAUAUGUUUGGGGACUCUCCCACAUGCCUUUUGGCGAACACCAAACGUGUUUGCUUAUUUUUUUCUUUAAGCAAUGGCUAUUUUCUGACCACUCUUCCGUAAAGCCCAGCUCUGUGGAGUGUACGGCUUAAAGUGGUCCUAUGGACAGAUACUCCAAUCUCCGCUGUGGAGCUUUGCAGCUCCUUCAGGGUUAUCUUUGGUCUCUUUUUUGCUUCUCUGAUUAAUGCCCUCCUUGCCUGGUCCAUUCGUUUUUUGGUGGGCGGCCCUCUUUUGGCAGGUUUGUUGUGGUGCCAUAUACUUGGUGCUACCUUACAUUGUAAACUGUCAUUGUCAAAACAUAUAGAUUCAAUGGUUGUAAAGAUUGGGAGAGGUCAGUCCGUAAUAAAGAUAUGCUCUGCUUUUUUGACACCACACUCCAGAAAGCAAGUCCUUCAGGCUCUAGUUUUAUCUUAUCUUGAUUAUUGUCCAGUCAUAUGGUCAAUAAAUUACAAUGAUAUAUUUUACUUUAUAAGGACUGAAUGCUACGUUAAUGCUACCAAGCUUGCUAGGACAGAACAGAUCAGAUCAAUUAGCACUGAGUUGUGAAGUGAGAUGUGUCAAAGCCCUUGAGCCCAACAUUGGCAGGAGAGUUUCACAGCCCCCCCCCCCACCCAAAUGCAGAGGCCUUUGAAGCCCCCUCCAUCUGUGCAGAGGUCAUUACAAUACAGUACUCCCUGGAUUCAUCUCUGUUUUGAAAUGAUAUGCAGCCAGGACAUUUCAAUUGUAAAUUACCUCAAUAAGAAACAAUAUUGUUGCUUUGAUCACAUCAGAAGAUAUCCUCCUCUCAAUCUCCAAAAUACAACAGCCACAGGACAACUUUGUUUGGACAUCGUGAAGGACCAUUCGCCGAAACUGAAGAGAUAUAGCUAGCUAACGACCUCCUUUUCCACGUGGGAAAAAAACGGUGGGCAGAGACUUGCUAGCUGGGAUUUUCUACAAGGAAUCUGCCUCCCGAAAAAGUUUCUCCCAAGUGGGUGUGACACCUACUCCCGUUGCCUGCUGCACUGCAGCUUUGAUUCUACCUGGCGAUCUGUUCACCAUCUGCCCGGCCUGUCUCUCCCUGUCUGGUACAGGUACCCCUGCCACACUCCCCCCUCUCUCCCGAGCUUUCGCUCACCUCCAGCACACACGCACUGUAGGGGCGAGUGACUCUGAACUUACAAUGGCUAGUUAUAUUUUUUUCUUGUGCUUUAUGCUAUUUGCCUCAUGACUCCUGUUUGCUUUGUAUGAAUUUGCUUGUUUUCCCAACCGUGGGACAGACUGUUUGUUCCCACACUCGGGACUCUGACUCUCUAUUUGUUACACAGACUAUUGGCCUCCCAUCCUAUUCUAACCACCUCUCGCCGGCUUUAUAUUCAUGUUACCUGAUGAAAUUGCUGUACAAUAUGAUCUUGUUGCCAUCUAAUGCACAUUCAAAUGUCUCUGCCGUGCCCUGAUUGUAUUACUGCUGAUGAUAUCUGGAAAUGUGCAUGUACACCCUGGCCCAUCUACUGUUGCUAGCCCCAAUUAUGACUUGUGCUCUGAUAUCUGCUUCACUGAUUUCUAAUCUCAUAAAAGCCUGGGUUUUCUGCACGUUAACACUAGAAGCUUAUUACCUAAAACUGAUCAAUUGCAAGUGUGGGUUCACAGCUCCAAUCCAGAUGUGUUGGUCAUUACUGAGACGUGGUUAAGAAAGAGUGUUUUGAACACUGAUCUUAACCUUUCUGGUUAUAACCUUUUUCGGCAAGACAGAUCUUCCAAAGGUCGUGGAGUGGCAAUCUUUACCAAGGAACACCUUCAGUGCUCAGUUGUCUCCACCAAGUCUGUCCCCAAACAAUUUGAUUUGCUGGUUUUAAGCAUUACGCUUCCAAAUAGUUAUUUGUUGACUGUUGCUGGGUGUUAUCGUCCACCAUCAGCACCGGCCUGUACCCUAAAUGCCCUAAGCUCUCUCCAGGCCCCUUACACUAAGUCUGAAUUUGUCCUGCUAGGUGACCUAAACUGGGACAUGCUUAAACCACCUGACCAAGUCCUAAAGCAAUGGGACUCCCUAAAUCUUUCUCAGAUUAUUACCAAUCCCAAAAGGCAUGACUCCAAACACACAGAAAAGGCUACUCUCCUUGAUGUUAUCCUCACAAAUAAUCCUGAUAGGUAUCAGUCUGGUGUUUUCUGUAAUGACCUUAGUGAUCACUGUUUUACAGCCUGUGUUCGUAAUUUUUUAAAAUGUUUAGUCAUUUAGCAGACGCUCUUAUCCAGAGCGACUUACAGUUAGUGAGUGCAUACAUUAUUUUAAUUUUUUAAUUAUUUUAAUUUUAAUACUGGCCCCCCCUGGGAAUCGAACCCACAACACUGGCGUUGCAAACACCAUGCUCUACCAACUGGCUGCUCAGUUAAACAACCUGUCCUGAUUUGCAAAACAGGUUCAGCCCCUGGUUCGACCGUGAUCUGGCAGUUACUCCACCUCAAGAAUUCCAUUUGGUGAAAGGCUCGGCACACGCAUACUCAGGCUGACUGGCUCUCGUUCAGGCAAAUGAGAAAUAAGUGCACUCAGACUAUCCGGAAGGCCAAAGUUAGUUACUUUAAGGAGCAGUUCUCUCUCUGUGGGUCUAACCCCAAGAAGUUCUGGAUAACAGUUAAAGACCUGGAGAGUAAACCCUCCUUCUCACAGCUGCCUGUGUCCCUUAAUGUUGAUGAUAUGGUUGUUACUGACAAGGAGCACAUGGCUGAGCUCUUUAAUCACCACUUCAUUAAGUCAGGAUUCCUGUUUGACUCAGCCAUGCCUCGUUGCCCAUCCAACAUUUCCUCAUCUCCCAGCCCUUCUAAUGCGACUAUCCCCGAUGCUCCUCCCUCUUUUUCCCCUGCCCCGCUACAAAGUUUCUCCCUGCAGGUGGUCACUGAGUCCGAGGUGCUAAAGGAGCUCCUUAAACCUGACCCCCAAAAAACAUCUGGGUCAGAUGGUUUAUACCCUUUCUUCUUUAAGGUUGCUGCCCCUAUCAUCGCCAAGCCUAUCUCUGACCUUUUUAACCUCUCUCCUCUCUGGGGAGGUUCCCAUUGCUUGGAAGGCAGCCACGGUGCAUCCUUUAUUUAAAGGGGGAGAUCAAGCUGAUCCUAUCUGUUAUAGGCCAUUUUCUAUUUUGCCCUGUUUAUCAAAAGUGUUGGAUAAACUGACUGGCUUUCUUGAUGUUUAUAGUAUUCUCUCUGGUAUGCCGUCUGGUUUCGGCUCAGGUUAUGAAUGUGUCACUGCAACUUUAAAGGUCCUAAUUGAUGUCACCAUUGCCCUUGAUUCUAAGCAAUGUUGUGCUGCUAUUUUUAUUGACUUUGCCAAAGCUUUUGAUACGGUAGACCAUUCCAUUCUUGUGGGCCGGCUAAGGAGUAUUGGUGUUUCUCUGAGGGGUCUUUGGCCUGGUUUGCUAACUACCUCUCUCAAAGAGUGCAGUGUAUAAAGUCAGAACAUCUGCUGUCUCAGCCACUGCCUGUCUACAAGGGAGUACCCCAACGCUCGAUCCUAGGCCCCACGCUCUUCUCAAUUUACAUCAACAACAUAGCUCAGGCAGUAGGAAGCGCUCUCUCAUCCAUUUAUAUGCAGAUGAUACAGUCUUAUAAUCAGCUGGGCCCUCCCCGGAUUUUGUGUUAAAUGCUCUACAACAAAGCUUUCUCAGUGUCCAUCAAGCUUUCUCUGCCCUUAACCUUGUUCUGAACACCUUCAAAACAAAGGUCAUGUGGUUUGGUAAGAAGAAUGCCCCUCUCCCCACCGGUGUGAUUACUUCCUCUGAGGGUUUAGAGCUUGAGGUAGUCACCUCAUACAAGUACUUGGGAGUAUGGCUAGACGGUACACAGUCCUUCUCUCAGCACAUACCAAAGCUGCAGGCUAAGGUUAAAUCUAGACUUGGUUUCAGAUGACCAUCCUACCCAUGCUAGAUUAUGGAGACGUAAUUUAUAGAUCGGCAGGUAAGGGUGCUCUCUAGCGGCUAGAUGUUCUUUACCAUUCGAUCAGAUUUGCCACCAAUGCUCCUUAUAGGACACAUCACUACACUCUAUACUCCUCUGUAAACUGGUCAUCUCUGUAUACACGUCACAAGAACCACUGAUUGAUGCUUAAUUAUAAAACUAUCUUAGGCCUCACUCCCCCUAUCUGAGAUACCUACUGCAGCCCUCAUCCUCCACAUACAACACCUGUUCUGCCAGUCACAUUCUGUUAAAGGUCCCCAAAGCACACACAACCCUGGGUCGCUCCUCUUUUCAGUUCGCUGCAGCUAGUGACUGGAACGAACUGCAAAAAACACUCAGACUGGACAGUUUUAUCUCCAUCUCUUCAUUCAAAGACUCAAUCAUGGACACUCUUACUGACAGUUGUGGCUGCUUCGCGUGAUGUAUUGUUCUCUCUACCUUCUUGCACUUUGUGCUGUUGUCUGUGCCCAAUAAUGUCUGUACCAUGUUUUGUGCUGCUACCAUGUUGUGUUGCUACCAUGCUGUGUUGUCAUGUGUUGCUGCCAUGCUAUGUUGUUGUCUUAGUUCUCUUGUCGUGAUGUGUGUUUUGUCCUAUAAAAAAUAAAUAAAAAUGUGCUAUUUGGUAGGCAGUCAUUGUAAAUAAGAAUUUGUUCUUAACUGACUUGCCUAGUUAAAUAAAGGUUAAAUCAAUGAAAAUAAAAUAAAAGUGCUGCAAGGAAAGAUCUAGUUAAGCUGCAGCUGGCCCAGAACAGAGCGGAACGUCUUGAUCUUCACUGUAAUCAGAGGGCUAAUAUUAAUACUAUGCAUGCUAGUCUCUCUUGGCUAAGAGUUGAGGAAAGACUGACUGCGUCACUUCUUGUUUUCAUAUUAAUCAAUCAUUUAUUGGAAAUCCCUGAUUUUUUGCAUAGUCAACUUACACACUGCACUGACACACACACUUACCCCACCAGACAUGCCACCAGGGGUCUUUUCACAGUCGACAGGUCUAGAACAAAUUCAAGGGAACGUUAUUAUACAGAGCCAUGAGUGCAUGGAACUCCCUUCCAUCUAAUAUAGUGCAAGUGAACAGCAAACCUUUUUUCAAAAAACAAAUAACGAAACACCUCACGGCACAACACCUCUCCCCCAUGUAACCUACUUCUGUGUACAGUGGGGAAAAUAAGUAUUUAGUCAGCCACCAAUUGUGCAAGUUCUCCCACUUAAAAAGAAGGGAGAGGCCUGUAAUUUUCGUCAUAGGUACACGUCAACUAUGACAGACAAAAUGAGAAAAAAAUGUCCAGAAAAUCACAUUGUAGGAUUUUUAAUGAAUUUAUUUGCAAAUUAUGGUGGAAAAUAAGUAUUUGGUCAAUAACGAAAGUUUCUCAAUACUUUGUUAUAUACCCUUUGUUGGCAAUGACACAGGUCAAACGUUUUCUGUAAGUCUUCACAAGGUUUUCACACACUGUUGCUGGUAUUUUGGCCCAUUCCUCCAUGCAGAUCUCCUCUAGAGCAGUGAUGUUUUGGGGCUGUCGCUGGGCAACACGGACUUUCAACUCCCUCCAAAGAUUUUCUAUGGGGUUGAGAUCUGGAGACUGGCUAGGCCACUCCAGGACCUUGAAAUGCUUCUUACGAAGCCACUCCUUCGUUGCCCGGGCGGUGUGUUUGGGAUCAUUGUCAUGCUGAAAGACCCAGCCAUGUUUCAUCUUCAAUGCCCUUGCCGAUGGAAGGAGGUUUUCACUCAAAAUCUCACGAUACAUGGCCCCAUUCAUUCUUUCCUUUACACAGAUCAGUCGUCCUGGUCCCUUUGCAGAAAAACAGCCCCAAAGCAUGAUGUUUCCACCCCCAUGCUUCACAGUAGGUAUGGUGUUGUUUGGAUGCAACUCAGCAUUCUUUGUCCUCCAAACACGACGAGUUGAGUUUUUACCAAAAAGUUAUAUUUUGGUUUCAUCUGACCAUAUGACAUUCUCCCAAUCCUCUUCUGGAUCAUCCAAAUGCACUCUAGCAAACUUCAGACGGGCCUGGACAUGUACUGGCUUAAGCAGGGGGACACGUCUUGCACUGCAUGAUUUGAGUCCCUGGCGGCGUAGUGUGUUACUGAUGGUAGACUUUGUUACUUUGGUCCCAGCUCUCUGCAGGUCAUUCACUAGGUCCCCCCGUGUGGUUCUGGGAUUUUCAUUCUUGUGAUCAUUUUGACCCCACGGGGUGAGAUCUUGCGUGGAGCCCCAGAUCGAGGGAGAUUAUCAGUGGUCUUGUAUGUCUUCCAUUUCCUAAUAAUUGCUCCCACAGUUGAUUUCUUCAAACCAAGCUGCUUACCUAUUGCAGAUUCAGUCUUCCCAGCGUGGUGCAGGUCUACAAUUUUGUUUCUGGUGUCCUUUGACAGCUCUUUGGUCUUGGCCAUAGUGGAGUUUGGAGUGUGACUCUUUGAGGUUGUGGACAGGUGUCUUUUAUACUGAAAACAAGUUCAAACAGGUGCCAUUAAUACAGGUAACGAGUGGAGGACAGAGGAGCCUCUUAAAGAAGAAGUUACAGGUCUGUGAGAGCCAGAAAUCUUGCUUGUUUGUAGGUGACCAAAUACUUAUUUUCCACCAUAAUUUGCAAAUUAAUUAAUUAAAAAUCCUACAAUGUGAUUUUUGGGAAUUUUUUUUCUCAAUUUGUCUGUCAUAGUUGACCUGUACCUAUGAUGAAAAUUACAGACCUCUCUCAUCUUUUUAAGUGGGAGAACUUGCACAAUUGGUGGCUGACUAAAUACUUUCUUCCCCCACUGUAUGUACUGACAUGUAUGUGUAACUGAUAUAUGCACACACACACACACACACACACACACACACUACAUGUUAAUGUUUUAAAUGUAUGUCAAUCGUAAAGUAUUUUGUCUGUAAUGUGUUUUUCGUUAUAUGUCGGACCCAAGUAAGAAUAGCUGUCGCCAUUGGCGAUGCUGCGGCUAAUGGGGAUCCUAAUAAAUCAAAAAUAGCUUUCACCUGGAUUCACCUGGAUUCACAGUCAGUCGAUGACAUGAAAAGAGCAGGUGUUCAUAAUGUUUUUUACACUCAGUGUAUGUAAUGGGGAAUUGAUACACUAAUAAUCAAAGGGUAAACAAUUCACACAAUGCAUAAUGAAACAAUGAAUGUGCACAAAUUGGUGGGAGAGAGCGCAUUCUGGAGUUCUGCAUUUUAGCCACACUCCCCUUUUCUUGGACUGUGACAUCCCCGUGGCCUCCGCAAUGGAUUAGUCCAUUGAGACUGUGUGCCAUUAUUUAUAUAUAUAUAUAUAUAUAUAUAUAUAUAUAUAUAUAUAUAUAUAUAUACAUAUAUAUAUAAAAGUAUUUAGUCAGCCACCAAUUGUGCAAGUUCUCCCACUUAAAAAGAUGAGAGAGGUCUGUAAUUUUCAUAUAUAUAUAGUGGGGAGAACAAGUAUUUGAUACCCUGCCGAUUUUGCAAGUUUUCCUACUUACAAAGCACGUAGAGGUCUGUACGUUUUAUCAUAGGUACACGUCAACUGUGAGAGACGGAAUCUAAAACAAAAAUCCAGAAAAUCACAUUGUAUGAUUUUUAAGUAAACACUCUUGGCAUUCUCUCAACCAGCUUCACCUGGAAUGCUUUUCCAACAGGCUUGAAGGAGUUCCCACAAAUGCUGAGCACUUGUUGGCUGCUUUUCCUUCACUCUGCCAUCCGACUCAUCCCAAACAAUCUCAAUUGGGUUGAGGUCAGGGGAUUGUGGAGGCCAGGUCAUCUGAUGCACCACUCCAUCACUCUCCUUCUUGGUAAAAUAUCCCUUACACAGCCUGGAGGUGUGUUGGGUCAUUGUCCUGUUGAAAAACAAAUGAUAGUCCCACUAUGCCCAAAUCAGAUGGGAUGGCGUAUCGCUGCAGAAUGCUGUGGUAGCCAUGCUGAUUAAUUAUGUAUUGAAUUCUAAAUAAAUCACAAACAGUGUCACCAGCAAAGCACCCCCACACCAUCACAGCACCUCCUCCAUGCUUUACGGUGGGAGCUACACAUGCGGAGAUAAUCCGUUCACCCACACCGCGUCUCACAAAGACACGGCAGUUGGAUCCAAAAAUCUCCAAUUUGGACUCCAGACCAAAGGACAAAUUUACACCGGUCUAAUGUCCAUUGCUCAUGUUUCUUGGCCCAAGCAGGUCUCUUCUUCUUAUUGGUGUCCUUUAGUAGUGGUUUCUUUGCAGCAAUUAGACCAUGAAGGCCUGAUUCACGCAGUCUCCUCUCAACAGUUGAUGUUGAGAUGUGUGUGUUACUUGAACUCUGUGAAGCAUUUAUUUGGGCUGCAAUUUCUGAGGCUGGUAACUCUAAUGAACUUAUCCUCUGGGUCUUCCAUUCCUGAGGUGGUCCUCAUGAGAGCCAGUUUCUUCAUAGCGCUUGAUGGUUUUUGCGACUGCACUUGAAGAAACGUUCAAAGUUCUUGACAUUUUCCGGAUUGACUGACCUUCAUGUCUUAAAGUAAUGAUGGACUGUUAUUUCUCUCUGCUUUUUUGAGCUGUUCUUGACAUAAUAUGGACUUGGUCUUUUACCAAAUUGGGCUAUCUUCUGUAUACCAGCCCUACCUUGUCACAACACAACUGAUUGGCUCAAAUGUAUUAAGAAGGAUAGAAAUUCCACAAAUUCACUUUUAACGAGGCACACCUGUUAAUUAAAAUGCAUUCCAGGUGACUACUUCAUGAAGCUAGUUGAGAGAAUGCCAAGAGUGUGCAAAGCUGUCAUCGAGGCAAAGGGUGGCUACUUUGAAGAAUCUCAAAUAUAAAAUAUAUUUGUAUUUGUUCAACACUUUUAUGGUUACUACAUGAUUCCAUGUGUCAUUUCAUAGUUGUGAUGUCUUCACUAUUAUUCUACAAUGUAGAAAAUAGUAAAAAUAAAGAAAAACCCUGGAAUUCGUUUUUUUUUGGCGGAUCAAAUGCAAGCCUGGCAACUUAAUAUAAUUAAAAUAUGCCACUUAGCAGAUGCUUUUAUCCAAAACAACGAAUACAUUUCCAGGAUGUGGUCUGUGAUGGUUCCUUUGGGAAUUGAAUCCAUGACCUUGGUAUUGCUAGCGCCAUGCUUUACCAAUUGACCCUUCGCUAAGUCCUGCCCCCUUGGUUACUGGAAGCCAAAUUCCCUAUUCUAAUCACUGGUGAAAUACCCUCACAAUGAUCUCAAACUGUGUUUUGAAUACAACAGGCUCUGCAUUUCAGGAAUCACAGGAGCAAAUACCGCUGGUGCACUGUUAAAUUAUUUAGCCAAUUGAACUAUUUGAUUUUGGAUGAAAACUCUGUUUUUGUAAUGCCCUUAAUGGCUUUCAUGUGUUUCAAACGUGAAUUUGUCUGAGGUGUCGGACUCGACCACAGUUGCUAGCCAUUGGAGCGCUGUGAUUAGUUGCCCAAAAAUCUGGGGCGGGGCUUAGCAAAGGGUCAAUUGAGCCAGGCAAUCUCCAAGAACCAGAAAGAGAAAAGUGUGGAUUGGUUAUAAGUCCUUCACUGGCUCUGUGCAUGACCCCUCAAAUUCAAGUACUGUGAUUAGAGCUGCCAAAGUCCCAUCAAAAUAUCCUCUUUAUCGUUUUGAGAAUGAACCAUCCUCUUCUGUCUCCUCCACAGCUCCAGAGCUUGAGCCAUAAUGUGAUCUUCACCCUGGACUCUCUUCUCAAAGGGGACCUCAAAGGAGUGAAGGGGGUAAGUUGUUGCUUUUAAAAGUGUGAAGAUUGUUAAUCUGUAUUGGAUAGAAUCCAGGACCUCAACCCAUCCUUCCAAGUUAAGAAGAGGCUAUCUCUUUACAGUGCCUUCGGGAAGUAUUCAGACCCCUUGACUUUUUCCAUAUUUUGUUACAUUACAGCCUAAUUUUAAAAUGGAUAAAAAAAUAAAAAAUCCUCAUCAACCUAAACACAAUAUCCCAUAAUGACAAAGCGAAAACUGGUUUUUAGAAAUGCUUAUUUACAUAAGUAUUCAGACCCUUUCCUAUGAGACUCGACAUUGAGCUCAGGUGCAUCUUGUUUCCAUUGAUCAUCCUUGAGAUUUCAUUGGAGUCCACCUGUGGUAAAUUAAAUUGAUUGGACAUGAUUUGGAAAGGCACACACCUGUCUAUAUAAGGUCCCACAGUGCAUGUCAGAGCAGAAACCAAGCCAUGAGGUCGAAGGAAUUGUCCGUAGAGCUCCGAGACAGGAUUGUGUCGCACAGAUCUAGGGAAGAGUACCAAAACAUUUCUGCAGCAUUGAAGGUCCCCAAGAACACAGUGGCCUCAAAUCAUUCUUAAAUGGAAGACGUUUGGAACCACCAAGACUCUUUCUAGAGCUGGCCGCCCGGCCAAACUGAGCAAUCAGGGUGAAGGGCCUUGGUCAGGGAGGUGACCAAGAACCCGAUGGUCACUCUGACAGAGCUCUAGAGUUCCUCUGUGGAGAUGGGAGAACCUUCCAGAAGGACAACCAUCUCUGCAGCACGCCACCAAUCAGGCCUUCAUGGUAGAGUGGCCAGAUGGAAGCAACUCCACAGUAAAAGGCACGUCAGCCUGCUUGGCGUUUGCCAAAAGGCACCUAAAUACUUUCAGACCAUGAGAAAAAAGAAUGCCAAGCGUCACGUCUGGAGGAAACCUGGCACCAUCUCUACGGUGAAGCAUGGUGGUGGCAGCAUCAUGCUGUGGGGAUGUUUUUCAGCGGCAGGGACUGGGAGACUAGUCAGGAUCGAGGCAAAGAUGAACAGAGCAAAGUACAAAGAGAUCCUUGAUGAAAACCUGCUCCAGAGCUCUCAGGACCUCAGACUGGGGUGAAGGUUCACCUUCCAACAGGACAACGACCCUAAGCACACAGCCAAGACAACGCAGGAGUGGCUUCGGGACAAGUCUCUGAAUGUCCUUGAGUGGCCCAGCCAGAGUCCGCACUUAAACCUGAUCGAACGUCUCUGGAGAUACCUAAAAAUAGCUGUGCAGCAACGCUCCCCAUCCAACCUGACAGAGCUUGGUAUCAAGUUUAACACCCAAUCUCACCAAAAUGUCCGCUCCCACAUAGACUGUAUGCGGGAGGUUCGAGACAACCAGUAAGUAGUGAAAUACUUCCUUGUUUCCAAUGUGACCAGAUUUGGUUGGAUUUCCAAUCCAUCAGUGGUAUCAAACGGUCUAUUAAAUCCAUCCCAAUCAGCAUCUGCUCGGUGUCCAUGCUAGUCACGUCCACAGGAUGGACAAGUGACACGCUUUCGAAGUUCAGUUUUAGUAGGAUACGCUUGGUAAGAGGCGAGGUGUCCUGAGUGAAACCUCGAAGUUUAGUGUCGCAUCGUUCUGUUUUUAACCAACGUUUCGCUGGGUCCACUGUCCUUUUGAGUUCAUCCAGCAAAGUAUGAGAUAUGAGGGAAAUAGUCGAACCUGAAUCUAUCAGUGCAUCACAGGUCAGACAGUCCUCUAAGACAGCUUUGAGGUAUGGCCUGUUCGAGUCGGUAUUUCUUGUCAUAUUCCCAACAAAGUGGAGUGGGUUGGCAGAACGGAGUGGUGAGUUAUCUAUGUCGAUUUUUAAGACAACUUGCUGUACUUCGUGACCCAGUGGGUCCUCUAUCGGAAUGGGAGAGGAAUCAGCUGUUGCAACGCUGCUUCCCUUGUGCGUCGCAACAUCUAUAUCAUGGUCUCUAGACAAAGCUUAUGGGCUUGUGUCUAGAUCGAGCGGGCCCUGGACUGGGAUUUAAGUGAGGGCGGGGUUAAGGUGAACGUUUCCGACCUCGCAAAUGAUUUUAAUUUCGGGGGACCCAUUCUCCGGCAAUUUCGCGCCUAGUCAUGGUGACUUAUCUUUUCCCUCUUUCUCAAUUUUUUUUUCGCUGAAGUACAUCUCUUAUCAAAGCUUCUAGAGAGCUUUGAGUUACGUUUUAGUCUUCAUCGAACCCUUUGUUACUCUUGUUACGCUUGUUACCCUUGUUCGCUGACCAUUUGUGAGGGAUAAAUGCAGGAAUGUAGCGGCCAGAUCGACCUCUGUGGGACCUGUUUGGUUGGGGACGUUCUUUGUAGCUAUCGUUACUGCUGUAGUCAUCAGUAGGGUAUGUACGUGGUAGCCGCACACCUGGUGCGUCAUCUUUUUCCGCUCCUGUCCCUGAUGCCGCACCCUCCAACUGGAGUGAUUGCACCCCCCACCCCAAUCUUGAAAACCGAGGUGUCCGGGCUCUUAGCCCGGCCCGCUUUGGAUGCAUCAAAAGCUGUGCUUGCAUGCUCUCCGAGUGCCGAGAUUGGCAAACCAACGUGGGCAGUAGGGCCCAAGUAGUUAAUGAAGUUGGGAUACAUGUUUGACAGAAACAUUUGUUUGAAUGGUAAUAAAUCUUCCAUUCCUGUUUCAGUGAGCAUGCCAAAGUAAGUUGAAAGAAGCCUAUGAUAGUAGGCUUGUGGGUGUUCAUUCCGAGCUUGUUUGACAGUGUUAGCCAGUGAGCUGUUGUGUUUGCGAGUCGCAGAACCACUGAAUUCUAUUUUCAAAGCUGUGGCAAGUUUAGCGUAGUCGUUUUGCACGUGUUGCUGUUGUAGACGGAUGAACCUUGUCACGUGUCUGUUGGACGUUCGCUUCAACAGAUAAAGCCUGUCAGUAUUCGUAGCGUUCAGGUAGCCAUCCAAGGCAUCCUCUAUGUCUGCUAAGAACAUCUCAGUGUCGUUUGGCUUACCUGGAACGGGGUCAAAGAUGCUGAAGUUUUUGACGAUUUUGUCAAAGCGUUCCGUGCCAAGUGCGCGGGGAGUGUCUGCUUCCUCCCGUGGGGAAUUUAUGACCAAAGGGCCAAGCGGAAGAGCCAAAUUGAAAUGUUGUUGGUGAAGAGGCGCCAUGUUACUCUGGGCCGAAUGACCAAUAUGAAAAGACUGAGGGACCCCUAAGAGAGGUGAAGUCUGAAAGUCUGUCGUCUACACUCCUUCAUUCCCCAGGCUCUGGUUGCGAGCUUGGUUGCUCAAUUGGGUAGUCACGCGGUAGCGCAUGGCUGUUCUGGAGUUCCUCCAGAUGGUACCUAAGGGUGGUGUUCUGCUGCAUCGCAGAGUCCACUUGGGAGCUGAGGGUAUUUAUUUUAGACCAGUGAGUGUCGCAGUUGCUCCGUUCGGCCUUAUACUUAUCGGUCAUGGUUUGCAGGGAGAGAUCUUGAGUGUGGAGCGAGAGAUUCAGUGAUGAGAUGUCCACCGCUUGCUUAGAGGUCAAGUUUUCCAACGUCCAUACCUGGGUUCUCUCAUCGUUCAUUCAGUCAGCGACUUCAAUGAGUUACGCUGUUUUGUCAUCCAACUUGGUCAAGGUGUUCAUUAACGGAUCGUCUUUGGUCUGCAGCUUUUUGAAUAGAACAAUAUUGCUUUGAGUGGUGUCAUUUAAAACUGCUUGCAGGGCAUCAAGUGGUCGCCCUUGUUUUUAGCUAGCUCGUCAUAUUAAUCUAGUUUUGCGUGGAUUUCGUCGUAUUUCUGUUGGCUAUAUCGAGUUGUUCUUGUAGAAAACUGAUUUGUUCGAGAGUUUGUGCUCGUUCUUCGUCAUAAGUGUUUGCCAGAUCUUUUAAUUGAUACGUUCUCAAAUGCCGCUCCUCGGCUAGCAGCAUCUUGUCUUUGUCAGCUUUUGUCAUUAGCUUCCUGGUUCUCUCCACCUGUCCCUUCGUCUCAGUAGUUUCUUGCUCGUGCUUCUGCUGAGCACAGCGGUAUUGGACCAAUGCCCAUCUCUGCUGGUGGGCAUAGUUCAGGGCUAAACUGGAGAGUACCUUCACAAGGCCUGUGCCUGCCGGCCUAUUUUGGAGGGCGUCUGUUGCGAUUUCUGCAGUUUUUUCGCUUAUGGCAUUGUGAUCUAACAUUCUUAACCUCGGAUUAUCAAGAACUUCAAGGAGAGAGGUUCAAUUGUUGUGAAGAAGGCUUCAGGGCACCCAAGAAAGUCCAGCAAGCGCCAGGACCGUCUCCGAAAGUUGAUCCAGCUGCGGGAUCAGGGCACCACCAGUGCAAAGCUUGCUCAGGAAUGGCAGCAGACAGGUGUGAGUGCAUCUGCACGCACAGUGAGGUGAAGACUUUUGGAGGAUGGCCAGGUGUCAAGAAGGGCAGCAAAGAAGCCACGAAGGAAAACAUCAGGGACAGACUGAUAUUCUGCAAAAGGUACAGGGAUUGGACUGCUGAGGACUGGGGUAAAGUCAUUUUCUCUGAUGAAUACCCUUUCCGAUUGUUUCGGGCAUCCGGAAAACACCUUGUCCGGAGAAGACAAGGUGUGCGCUACCAUCAGUCCUGUGUCAUGCCAACAGUAAAGCAUCCUGAGACCCCUGCUUAGCCACUAUUGACUUAAAAAGCCAAACGUAACAUAAUAUCUGCCAAUUAAUUUCCAGCAAUGUUGCCCCUGUCUGUUUGGAGUGCGCGUUUGUCUAUCACUCUGUAUGUAGCCAGUUAGCGAUGCUAAUGAUAACGGUCCUGUGGGUAGACAGACUUUCCCCCAAAACCUCAAAUUAUUGUUAACUGGUAGGCUUACUUGACAUAACUAUAUUGUCCUCCUGCCCCUUGGACUUUGUUGUUUCUCUAUGAAUAAUUAUAAUAUUGAGAAUAAAAAAGAGAAAAAGAUGCAAAACCAGGAAAUAUAAAACGGAGAAAACAGAAUUUGGGAAAAUACAAAAUACAAUUUUAUGUGGUCUCUUAAAGUUGUUAUUUGACCGGGUAUAAUAAUAUUCCAUUUAGCAGACGCUUUUAUCCAAAGCGACUUACAGUCAUGCGUGCAUACAUUUUUGUGUAUGGGUGGUCCCGGGGAUCGAACCCACUACCUUGGCGUUACAAGCGCCGUGCUCUACCAGCUGAGCUACAGAGGACCAUACUGGCAGAGUUGUUAUUUGACCGGGUAUAUUGGCAGAGUUGUUAUUUGACCGGGUAUAUUAGCAGAGUUGUUAUUUGACCGGGUAUAUUGGCAGAGUUGUUAUUUGACCGGGUAUAUUGGCAGAGUAGUUAUUUGACCGGGUAUAUUGGCAGAGUUGUUAUUUGACCGGGUAUAUUGGCAGAGUUGUCAUUUGACCGGGUAUAUUGGCAGAGUUGUUAUUUUACCGGGUAUAUUGGCAGAGUUGUUAUUUGACUGGGUAUAUUGGCAGAGUUGUCAUUUGACAGGGUAUAUUGGCAGAGUUGUCAUUUGACCGGGUAUAUUGGCAGAGUUGUCAUUUGACCGGGUAUAUUGGCAGAGUUGUCAUUUGACCGGGUAUAUUGGCAGAGUUGUCAUUUGACCGGGUAUAUUGGCAGAGUUGUUAUUUGACCGGGUAUGUUGGCAGAGUUGUUAUUUGACCGGGUAUAUUGACAGAGUUGUUAUUUGACUGGGUAUAUUUACACCUGUUGUGACAUAUUGCAUUAUUUUACGGCUGGUUAUGACACCUACAUAGUGUCAAAACCCACAUUUAUUCAAAUUAGUUUUUUCCCUGCCAAUAAGUUUGCAUUCGUUUUAAAGUUUGUUUCUUAACUCCUUUGUUGUUGUUGUACUGAAUUUUUUACAGUCAUGAAGCAUUAUGGCCAUCCUGUGUCACUUUUCUUGGACUAAGAAACACUUUGACACUGUCAAGAAGCAUUAUGACAUCAUAAUGAUAUAAGCCAGAUAGGUCUAUCACAUACAUGCCCUUGUAUCAGUCAUCAGAGGGUGUCUUGUCCUGCUCCUGAAAUCUGCAUUCAUCCCAGUCAUCAUAAACAGAGCAUUGGGGUAGGUGCAUGUGGACAUCAAUGUGUGUGCCAUUACAAUGAUCAUUUAAUAUGGUCAAAAAAAUUAAAUAAUAUACAACAUAAACAUACUGUUGACACGUAGGCUAUGGUGUAAUGGAAUGUUUUGCCUUGUGUGGUAGGUUUUGUGGGUUUUUUCACUCUUAUGUAGGUGUCAUAACAGCCAUAAAAUAACGCAAUGUAUGUCACAACAGGUCUAUAUGUGUCAUGACAGUGUUCUGACCAUAUUCUAACAGGUUAUGACAAGUUAUGUCAGCUACCAAAAAGUGUUACCAAAAAAAUUAGUAGGUUGCGAUAUGUUUCUAUUUUUUUUUAAAUAGCUCUAAUGCUAGUAAAGGUUGAAGACCCCUAUUCUAUAGGUACCAUUAACCACAGUUCCAAAAAAGCGGUUGUACAAAACUGUAAUAUCGAUUUAUUUGCAAUGAUAUGAUUGGAUUCUUUCCUCUUCAUCUUUAGGAUAUAAAGAAGCCGUUUGACAAGGCAUGGAAGGACUAUGAGGCCAAGUUGUAAGUUUGCUUUACUGUGUUUACUUAUGUGCUUGUGAGUCAACUUUUUAUUUUAUUUGUAUGUCUCAUUAUCAAACCAUUAUCGAAAGCAUGACCUAUUGUAUUCCUGUGACUGUAUUUCACUGUGAUCCUUACCUUGAGUGGAAUUCUGGAUUUUUCCCCCAGCACCAAGAUUGAGAAGGAGAAGCGGGAGCAUGCUAAACAACAUGGGAUGAUCCGGACUGAGAUUACCGGAGCUGAGAUUGCAGAGGAGAUGGAGAAGGAGCGACGUCUCUUCCAGUUACAGAUGUGCGAGGUCAGUGAGUUUGUGUGCUUGCGUGUGGAUGUGAUAAUACAGUUGAAGUCGGAAGUUUACAUACACUUAGGUUGGAGUCAUUAGAACUCGUUUUUCAACCACUCCACAAAUUUCUUGUUAACAAACUAUAGUUUUGACAAGUCGGUCAAAUCUACUUUAUGCAUGACACAAGUAAUUUUUCCAACAAUUGUUUACAGACAGAUUAUUUCACUUAUAAUUCACUGUAUCACAAUUCCAGUGGGUCAGAAGUUUACAUACACUAAGUUGACUUUGCCUUUAAACAGCUUGGUAAAUUCCAGAAAAUGAUGUCAUGGCUUUAGAAGCUUCUGAUAGGCUAAUUGACAUCAUUUGAGUCAAUUGGAGGUGUACCUGUGGAUGUAUUUCAAGGCCUACCUUCAAACUCAGUGCCUCUUUGCUUGACAUCAUGGGAAAAUCAAAAGACAUCAGCCAAGACCUCAGAAUUUAUUUUUGUAGACCUCCACAAGUCUAGUUCAUCCUUGGGAGCAAUUUCCAAACACCUGAAGGUACCACGUUCAUCUUUACAAACAAUAGUACGCUAGUAUAAACACCAUGGGACCACGCAGCCGUUGUACCGCUCAGGAAAGAGACAUGUUCUGUCUCCUAGAGAUGAACGUACUUUGAUGUGAAAAGUGCAAAUCAAUCCCAGAACAACAGCAAAGGACCUUGUGAAGAUGCUGGAGGAAACAGGUACAAAAGUACCUAUAUCCACAGUAAAACAAGUCCUAUAUCGACAUAACCUGAAAGGCUGCUCAGCAAGGAAGAAGCCACUGCUCCAAAACCGCCAUAAACUACGGUUUGCAACUGCACAUGGGGACAAAGAUCUUACUUUUUGGAAAAAUGUCCUCUGGUCUGAUGAAACAAAACUAGAACUGUUUGGCCAUAAUGACCAUUGUUAUGUUUGGAGGAAAAGGGGGCGGCUUGCAAGCCGAAGAACACCAUCCCAACCGUAAAGCACGGGGGCUUAAGAACAACAAAGUCAAGGGAUUGGAGUGGUCAUCACAAAGCCCUGACCUGAAUCCUAUAGAAAAUGUGUGGGCAGAACUGAAAAAGCAUGUGCGAGCAAGGAGGCCUGCAAACCAGACUCAGUUUCACCAGCUCUGUCAGGAGGAAUGGGCCAAAAUUCACCCAACUUAUUGUGGGAAGCUUGUGGAAGGCUACCCGAAACAUUUGACCCAAGUUAAACAAUUUAAAGGCAAUGCUACCAAAUACUAAUUGAGUGUAUGUAAACUUCUGACCCACUGGGAAUGUGAUGAAAGAAAUAAAAGCUGAAAGAAAUAAUUCUCUCUACUAUUAUUCUGACAUUUCACAUUCUUAAAAUAAAGUGGUGGUCCUAACUGACCUAAGACAGGGAAUUUGUACUAUGAUUAAAUGUCAUGAAUUGGGAAAAACUGAGUUUGUAUUUGGCUAAGGUGUAUGUAAACUUCUGACUUCAACUGUAUGUGCACGCUCACACACAAAUAUGGACGGAUGCACACAUUUUUCUCAUGCUUUGCUUUAUCUUCUUGCUCGUCCUCCACUCUGUAAGUUGCACUGAACCAAAAUAUAAAAAGCAACAUGUAAAGUGUUGGUCUCAUGUUUCAUGAGCUGAAAUAAAAGAUCCCAGACAUUUUUCAUACGCACAGAAAGCUUAUUUCUCUCAAAUUUUGUGCACAAAUUUGUUUACAUCCCUGUUAUUGAGCAUUUCUCCUUUGCCAAGGUAAUCCAUCCACCUGAGAGGUGUGGCAUAUCAAGAAGCCGAAUAAACAGCAUGAUUAUUACACAGGUGCACCUUGUGCUGGGAAAAAUAAAAGGCCCCUUUAAAAUGUGCAGUUUUGUCACACAAAAUGCCACAGUUGUCUCAAGUUUUGAGGGAGCGUGCAAUUGGCAUGCUGACAUCAGGAAUGUCCACCAGAGCUGUUGCCAGUGGGAAAAUGCUCACCUUUGUUGGCCACUGGCACGAUGGAGAAGUGUGCUCUUCACGGAUGAAGCAGCCACAAGUGUCAGUAAGAGUGUCCAUGAUUGAGUCUUUGAAUCAAGAGAUAGAGAUAAAACUGUCCAGUUUUAGUGUUUUUUGCAGCUCCUUCCAGUCGCUAGCUGCAGCCAACUGAAAAGAGGAUCGACAUGGGGAUGUGUGUGCUUUGGGGACCUUUAACAGAAUGUGACUGGCAGAAUGGGUGUUGUAUGUGGAGGAGGAGGGUUGCAGUAGGUAUCUCAGAUAGGGGGUUGUGGAGAACUAAGAGGGAGGGUUUUAUAAAUAAGCAUCAACCAGUGGGUCUUGCGUCGGGUAUACAGAGAUGGCCAGUUUAUAGAGGAGUAUACAGUAAAUUCUGAAAGUAUUCAGAUCCCUUGACUUUUUCCACAUUUUGUUACAGCCUUAUUCUAAAAUGUAUUAAAUAGAUUUGUUUCUUCUCAAUCUACACACAAUACCCCAUAAUGAUCCUGACUAGUCUCCCAGUCCCUGCCGCUGAAAAACAUCACCACAGCAUGAUGCUGCUGCCACCACCAUGCUUCACCGUAGGGAUGGUGCCAGGUUUCCUCCAGAAGUGACGCUUGGCAUUCAGGCCGAAGAGUUCAAUCUUAGUUUAAUCAGACCAGAGAAUCUUGCAUCGGCAAGGUAGAACAGUUGUCUCUGGUAAGACAAGGGGUGGCGGUCUGUGUAUAUUUGUAAAUAACAGCUGGUGCACGAAAUCUAAUAUUAAGGAAGUCUCUAGGUUUUGCUUGCCUUAUCUCAUGAUAAGCUGUAGACCACACUAUUUACCAAGAGAGUUUAUCUAUAUUUUUCUGUUUAUUUACCACCACAAACCGAUGCUGGCACUAAGACCGCACUCAACGAGCUGUAUAAGGCCAUAAGCAAACAAGAAAAUGCUCAUCCAGAGGCGGCGCUCCUAGUGGCCGGGGACUUUAAUGUAGGGAAACUUACAUCCGUUCUACCUCAUUUCUACCAGCAUGGUAAAUGUGCAACCAGAGGGAAAAAAACUCUAGACCACCUUUACACCACACACAGAGACGCGUACAAAGCUCUCCCCCGCCCUCCAUUUGGCAAAUCUGACCAUAAUUCUGUCUUCCUGAUUCCUGCUUACAAGCAAAAACUAAAGCAGGAAGUCCCAGUGACUUGCUCAGUACAGAAGUGGUCAGAUGACGCAUAUGCUAAGCUACUGUUUUGCUAGCACAUACUGGAAUAUGUUCCGGGAUUCUUCCGAUGGCAUUGAGGAGUACACCACAUCAGUCACUGGCUUCAUCAAUAAGUGCAUCGAUGACAUCGUCCCCACAGUGACCGUACAUUCCUCAACCAGAAGCCAUGGAUUACAGGCAACAUCCGCACUGAGCUAAAGGGUAGAGCUGCCGCUUUCAAGGAGCGGGACUCUAACCUGGACGCUUAUAAGAAAUCAAGCUAUGCCCUCCGACGAACCAUCAAACAGGCAAAGUGUCAAUACAGGACUAAGAUCGAAUCGUACUGACCUACAAACGCAAUGGUCAGAAGACUGCCAACAAUUCCUCAUUCUAUAUUUUAUUCAGGUUAUCUACUUUUUAUACUUUCUAGUUUAAACUAGAAAUGUCUGGGGUCAAGAAACAUACGGGUUCGCCCACCAAAAUGGGAACUAAAUGCCAGAAAACCGAAGUUACUACUGAUGCUAGCUUUAGCAACGCCAUUUCGCUAGCUUUAGCUGAACAACAAGACCGGAUGGAGGCGGUGGUUACACGUGCUGUUGGUGCAGCAAUUCAAGGAGUUAGGGAUCAAGUUGCACCCACAUGGGAUCAGUUCGGGCGCUAAUAGAAAAGGUGGAUCGCAUUCAGACUGCCGCAAGGGGCUUAAAAAGGGAUGUGAACCCCAGCACUUUGGAACUUGAGAAGAUGCGGUUCAAGACAGAUGCAGUAACGUGAGGGUCACGGGGAUUGCUACAAACAAGGGAGGGUGGUGAUGCAAUUGAUUUCCUGCAAGAAAUCCUCCCCAAAUGGAUUCCGUCACUUGGUACUACUUCGAUUCAAAUGGAAUGGGCCCACAGGAUCUACAACCAAAAUGCAAAGAAGGACAACCCCCGGACCAUGGUCUUCAAGUUCUCAGAUAUCAAGACCGCAACGCUAUUCUACAAGGAGCACAUGAAGCAAGAAAGAAUGCACCCAUCCAUGAUGCCGGGAGAACCAUACGUUUUUAUGCGGACUACAGGGCCUUCACAAAUCAGCGAAGGAAAGCAUUCGCAGAUGUCCAGAGGGAAUUGUACUCGCAGGGCAUACCAUCUUUUCUGAUCUAUCCCGCCACCCUGCGACUUACUUUCAAUGGUGAGCAGCUCUCCUUCACCUCGGCAAAAGAGGCAGAGGAAUUUCGGAGAAGUCUCCCCGGUGACAGGUGAAGGAAAGCGAGUGCUUUCCUUUACGGAUGCCGAGGAAGGGCCCGGACAGCAGGAUGACAAGGAGUCGCAGAAUGAAACUGGAGCAACAGGGAGCUAAAGAUUCCGUUUACCGGCUAGCUAACAUUUAGUUGACUACUCAACUCUUAUCUAUCUUUGUUUUGGACAGGAACUUCUCCUAGUACCGGGACCGAAAAUGGAGGAAACUUUCCUUCACUGUUGGAGCUAAGGACAUUAGCUGGCUAGCGGAGAUGGAGGCUGGUUCAACCUGUUGACUUUACUUUGGAUGGUUUAUUUUAUUUCAUUAUUAUUAUUAUUUAGUACCGGAUUAUAAAAAUAUGGUAAUGUUUUCACUGUUUGAACCCAUGGAUUUGCACUUAUCUUGGUUACAUGUCACUGCUUAUCGAAGGUAAAUCUGAACCACUUUCAGUUCAACUCGUAAUUGUCAGGAUUGUUUUUGACAAUGGUUAAGCUGUCUCUUUUACCCCUGAAUGUCCGUGGUUUGAAUGCGAAAAUUAAGAGAACUAAAUGUUUAGACUUACUGCACUGUAAAAAUAUUGAUAUUGCAUUUAUCCAGCAAUCUCAUUUGCGAGUAGAAGAUAUCUCUCGCUUACAGGAUAAGGUUUAUAAAUGUCCGUUGAUUAAUGCAUGUAAUACAUGAAACACAACAGCUGGACACCCCGUGUGCUGUGCUGUCUCUAGAUGCUGAGAAGGCUUUUGACAGGCUUGAAUGGCAGUACCCGUGGGCUGUCUUGGAGAAAUGUUGUUUGGCAAAGAAUUUUAUCGAUAUGGUUUGUGUGUUAUAUGCUAACCCUGUUGCUAGGAUUUCUACUAAUGGCAUACGCUCAAGUUCAUUCCCUAUUUUUCAGGGAUGUAGACAAGGAGAUGGCCUAUCCCCAAAGUUAUUCAUUUUGUUGCUAGAGCUUUUAACACAACAUCUAAGACAGAAUGUAAUUACAUCUCCUAUACUGAUUAAUUAAAUAUUCCUCUCAUAUCAGUAUAUGUGGAUGAUAUUCUCCUAUACAUGACAGAUAUUCAGAAUUCAAUUUCAUCUUUAUUAUCCAUAUUUGAACAAUUCAAAUUGCUGUCCGGGUAUAAGAUAAAUUGGACAAAAUCAGCAUUAAUGUUACUGAAUGAAGCAGCAAAGAAAGUUUCACUUCCCUCAACAAUUCCUAUGAAAACACAGUUCACGUAUUUGGGUAGUAGUAUACAAACAUCUCUGCAUGGUCUGGUGAAGUUUAAUUAUGAGAAAGCUUACAAGGAGGUUGAACGAGAUUUAACCGUUUGGGAGAAGUUGCCUGCUUCUUUACAAACUAGGGUCAUUCCUAUAAAGAUGAAUGUGUUGCCACGUAUUAGUUUCCUGAGCAUGAUGAUCCCACUCCCUCCACCAGUAGGUUAUUGGGGAAUGAUUGAUACAUUUAUACGUAAAUACCUUUGGAAUGGCAAACAUCCAAAGAUUAGGUUUGAGGUGUUACAACGACAGAAGUGUAAUAGUGGACUUGCAUUACCAAAUUUUUGUAUUUACCACCAAUCUUUCCAGUUACGCCCACUUAGAUCAUGGUUUGAUCAGUCUACAUCAGCCUUUAUUGAGGAAUAACUUGUUUCACCUACUAGAUUGCAGGAUGUGUUAUUUUCUGGUAUAUCUAAUAAGAAAUGCAUGCUGUAUUUUGGUACUAUUAUUUCUAAUAAAAUAGAGAAUUUUAGGAAGGUUGAGAAGUGUGUAAGUGGUAACUGGAAAUGGCAUCUCAAUACCCCUCUGAGGCCCUGUGUAGCUCAGUUGGUAGAGCAUGGCGCUUGCAACGCCAGGGUAGUGGGUUCGUUUCCCACGGGGGGCCAUGAAAAUGUAUGCGUUCACUAACUGUAAGUCGCUCUGGAUAAGAGCGUCUGCUAAAUGACUAAAAUGUAAAUGUAAAUAACAAGGCUAUUACUUCCGGUAAUAAACCUUUUGAGUCUAGAGCCUGGUCUGCAAAAGGGGUCAAUAUUCAACUCAAAGGCUCUUCUUAGUUUUCAGGAACUUCGUCUUGAUUUGAUUUGCCAGGGUCUUCAUUCUUACUAUAUCUUAGACUACGGUCAGAGCUUCCUGUCUAUGGGGUACUAUAUCUUAGACUACGGUCAGCGCUUCAUGCUUAUGGGGUUCUACAUCGUAGACUACGGUCAGCGUUUCGUGCCUAUGGGGUUCUAUAUCUUAGACUAAAAAAGGGGAAGAGUGUAAUUUUAUUUUUGCCCUUGUGACCCAAUAAAAAACUAUUGUUCACAAAAAAAAAACUGUUUUCGCUUUGUCAUUAUGGGGUAUUGUGUGUAGAUUGAUGACCUUUGUUUUGGAGGUGUUCAGAACAUGGUGAACUGCAGAGAAAGCUUUGUUGUAGAGCGUUUAACACAAAAUCCGGGGAGGGGCCAGCUGAAUAUGACUGUAUCAUCUGCAUAUAAAUGGAUGAGAGAGCUUCCUAUUGCUUGAGUUAUGUUGUUGAUGUAAAUUGAGAAGAGUGUGGGGCCUGGGAUCGAGCCUUGGAGUACUCCCUUGGUGACAGGCAGUGGCUGAGACAGCAGAUGUUCUGACUUUGCACACUGCACUCUUUGAAAAAGGUAGUUAGCAAACCAGGCCAAAGACCCCUCAGAGACACCAAUACUCCUUAGCCGACCCACAAGAAUGGAAUGGUCUACCAUAUCAAAAGCUUUGCCAAGUCAAUAAAAAUAGCAGCACAAAAUUGCUUAGAAGUAAGGGCAAUGGUGACAUCAUUUAAGACCUUUAAGGUUGCAGUGACACAUCCAUAACCUGAGCGGAAACCAGAUUGCAUUCCAGAGAGAAUACUAUAGACAUCAAGAAAGCCAGUCAGUUGAUUAUUGACAAGUUUUUCCAACACUUUUGAUAAACAGGGAAAGUUCGAAAUUGACGUAUAACAUUUAGAAUCAGCUUGAUCGCCCCCUUUAAAUAAAGGAUGCACCGUGGUUGCCUUCCAAGCACUGGGAACCUCCCCAGAGAGGAGAGAUAGGCUCCGCAUUGAUAGGGGCUGCAACCUUAAAGACAUUUUUUUUUCUAAACCAUCUGACCCAGAUGUUUUUUGGGGGUCAGGUUUAAGGAGCUCCUUUAGCACAGCAGAUUGCCACCUGGAUAGUGUUGUCUGAACAGGUACAAAGCCAAGGUUGGUCAUUUACUGAUACCUGCAGUUCUGGAAUGUUUGCUCAGGAGUAUAAUAAAUUGUCUGAUUCCUCCUGAUGACCUGGAUGAAAUUAUGUGAUCCUUCCUUAACCCAGUUGACUACUUUAAGAGGUUGAAACCCCUUGAAGGUAAUUUCCAUGCUAAAACGGGUUCUAUCCAUCCAGAAUCCUCUUUCUACCCCUAUGAGCUUUCCACAGUGCUAAAGUGAGUGUCGCUGUCCACUGUGAAUCAACCAGUGCAACUGUCUGUGGUGCGGUAGUGAGUGCAUGUGUUUUCUGUGCUGAGGUGGGUGACUCUGUCCAUGGUGCUGAACUGGAAACGCCUGUCUUCUGUCCUUUAGCUUGUGGCCCUGUCCAUGGUGCUGAACUGGCAACACCUGUCUUCUGUCCUUUAGCUUGUGGCCCUGUCCAUGGUGCUGAACUGGAAACACCUGUUAUGUACUUUAUCUUGUGGCCCUGUCCAUGGUGCUGAACUGGAAACACCUGUCUUCUGUCCUUUAGCUUGUGGCCCUGUCCAUGGUGCUGAAGGGGGUGGCCUUCGGUCAUGGCUAGAAGGUAUCCAGCUUUUGUCAAAAUGUCCAGCUUUUGUCAAACCCUAACCCUUUUCCUAACCUUAACCUAAUGUUCCUAACCUGCUACGUUAAUUAUCCUAACCUGCUGCGUAAGUUCUCCUAACCUGCUACGAAAAGUUAAAUCUGAUGUUAAUUUGACAAAAUCUGGAUCCCUUCUAGCCAUGACCGUGUCCUUCAGCCACACCUCUCUUGGUGACAAACCCUUUUCAUCUUGAUCAGCCACAACAGCUUGAUGCCCAGGAAUGUACAAGACAAUUCUUGCUUAUUACUCACAACUCACCGAGCAUGCACGCGCACACUACAAUUCACCAAGCACACGCAAACAUUGGAAAAAUACUUUGUGAUUUGUGUGCCAAACAAUUGAAAAGUUUAGAUGACUGGUUUCUGCCUUUCUUAUGCAACUAAAGUUUUUACAAUUGUUUUGUGUAAGAGGCUUUCAUUGCAAAUAUCUUCCAUCUUUCUUCAUGUCCCAACAGUACCUGAUCAAAGUGAAUGAGAUCAAAACUAAGAAGGGAGUUGACCUGCUCCAGAACCUCAUAAAGUACUACCAUGCACAGUGCAAGUAAGUAUACUGACAGAACUUCCAGCACAUACUUAAAUGCCUUGUUUUCACCAGAAAAGGCAGUGUUGAUCAAUCAAUCAAUAUCUUUAUUGUCCCAAUUGGGACAUUUGUAGUCAGUCAGGUUUGCAACAUUAAAACAACACUAAAAACAAUAACAACCAUUCAACAGAUGUACACAUAAGAUAAAUAGUACGAGAUCAGUUACACUCUUAAAAUCAUCAAAUAGGAGCCGUUUAUUUGUGCCCCAUGCUGAUUAUGGGAUGUAUUGUGAGUGGAAGAGUUGAGUGGUUUUGGGUUACUUAGUACUCCCUCAACCAACAAUAUGUGGCUAUCAGUGUUGUUGUCGGGUUAGCAGUUGCGGUUAAAAUAUCAACUUCCGUAAGAUUGCUGCAUGGCAAAGGCAACACAAGUGUUGGAAUAGUCAAGCAUAUGUGAUUGACAAACAACUUGUCAGACUCCUCCAUGUUAGAUAACUGGACUUCAGACUGCAAACCAUUGUAGUGUGAAAGCAAAACGUAUUAAAAAAUAUAUGUUGAUAUGCUUAUGCUAGAAUACCAGACUACUCUUUAUUUUUCAGCUUUUUUCAAGAUGGAUUGAAAACCGCAGACAAGUUGAAGCAGUAUAUUGAGAAGCUUGCAGCUGACCUGUAUAACGUAGGUGACAUCUACAUUUUAAAUGUGAAAAUGAUUAGAGAAAAGGCUGUUAGUCUCUCUGCUGUAUGGCUUUAUGUUUUCAUCUAUAUCUAUCCAAUCAGUGUAUGUGGUGAUUUGGUUGUCACUGACGGGGAUUUGAUAGUAAUUUUAGUGAUGUGAAUGGUUCUCACUCCACAGAUAAAGCAGACCCAGGAUGAGGAGAAGAAGCAGUUGACGGCCCUAAGAGACCUCAUUAAAUCAUCUCUGCAGCUGGACCAAAAGGAGGUAGCCUUUUUUGUC